AUGGUUCUUUGCUUAGCGAAUUCAUUAGUGUCUCGUCGUGGUUUUGAACCUUAUGAUCAAUUAGUUCGCUAUAAAUGGUGGUUUAGACAUGGAUAUAUGUCAUCGACAGGAAAUUGCUUUGGUAUUUGUGAAAGUACUAGAAAAGCACUUCAUACAUUUGAAGAUCGACAAAAACAGUUCGCUCAAAAGCAUAAUAUUCCAUUAAAAGAAAUCGAUUUUCUAUCGGAUAAGAGACUUGUUGCAGAUUUUCCUAUCUAUUGCAGCUCAGAUGGAGUAGCUGAUAAUGGUGUACUUAUGCGUUUAGCAUCUGUACCUCUAUUUUUCUACCGAAACCCAGAAGUUGCCGUUGGAUUCUCUGGAAUCAGUGGUCAAAUUACUCAUGGAGAUAAGAAAGCCGUCGAUGCAUGUCGUUAUUAUGGAGCUCUUAUUGUAGCCACCAUGAACAAUAUAGAUAAAGAUAAACUUUUCAAUUUGGAAAUUGCAAAUAUUGCCAAAGGAUCAUUCAAGAACGAAAAAGGGUAUGAUGGUGGGAUACGAGGUAAAGGAUACGUUGUCAAUUCUCUUGAAGCUGCAUUAUGGGCUUUUUGGAGUACUCAAUCGUUUGAUGAAGGUGCUCUAGCAGCAGUAAAUCUUGGUGACGAUACUGGUACAACGGCAGCUAUUUAUGGUCAGUUAGCUGGUGCGUACUAUGGCUAUCAUGCAUUACCUCAAGAAUGGCUCAAUUGUGUCUAUUCCAAGGGCUUCAUUAAAUGCUUGUGCAAAUGGAUUGCAUAUGAAGGAAGUCAACUACGCUUCGAUUAUUAA